AUGGAAGAUUCACAACGUAAAUUAAACGAUGCUAUUUCAACAAUGGCUGGAACAUUACAUCGAAAUUAUCUACGACGAAUUUAUGGUGAUGCAUUUAAUUGUUCAUACCGGUGUACGGAAGAUCCAACACUUGAUCCAGUAAAAUUUAAUCAAUGUGUUGAAAGAUGUUCAUCAAAAAUAACUCAAGCUGAACAAGCAAUGAGUCAGGAAAUGCAACAUGUACAAGAUCGUUUAAUGCGAUGUAUACAAAGUUGUGAAGAUAAAGCAAAAGAUAGUGGUAAUAAAGAUGAAAAUCGUCUUCGAUCUAUUUUUGAACCAUGUGUUGUCAAUUGUGCUAAUGAAAUUCAUCAAUUAUUACCUAAAAUUGAAAGUCGUAUUAGUGAUCAAUUAAAAAAAUAUUGA